GCCAUUGCCAGGCAUCAGGAAAAUUUGUUUAGUCGGAAGCCUAUGGCUGGAUGCUGCAGGGGGAGCGACGGGACUCGUGGUGGCCUGGGCUCUGUAGAAGCCGCGCCCCUGGUGUGACAUCACAUGCUGAGAAGGACGCGCUUAGACCCUGUGCAGCGCCGCACUGCAAUCAGUAUUAUGUCAGGGAUUCUUGCUUUUUCCGACGAACAGGGCAUAGGAGGGAAAAUUUUGCGGUGGCUAUUUUAUAUAGGUCAUUCUCUGCAAUGCUUCUCGUGUUUUGAUGAAUGUGUAGACAAGACCACCACAACGUGUGGCCCCGGGGCCCAAUGCAUGAUACGUGAUACAUGGCUGGGGGCUGGACGGAAAAGUCGGCAAAAGGACUGCCUGGACGCGCAGCGCUGCAUUAUGCAUUCCAACGAUCGCUCAUCAAUCCAGUGGUGCUGUGAUACGGACCUGUGCAAUGCGGAUUUUCCCAGAACAACUCCUGCGACCACCUCACCACCUAUGACCACUGGCACUAAUAUGACUACGACACUAGGUGUUCCGCUGAAGUGUUAUACAUGUAGUGCGCUUUGUCUCGUGAAGUCAGAGACCACCUGUAAUGCGCAGGAGGUUUGUUCAACCAACACAGCACAAUUCGGUGGAGUAAACUUCAACUCGCGAGGGUGCGCAAACACCUCAAUCUGCUCUACAGUGACCAAUCAGAACGUUGCUGGUACAAAUAUGGCAAUCAAACAUGAAUGCUGUAACACCAACCUGUGCAAUUCUGGGAAUCGUCAUUCUGCCAUUCACCGAGGGUUUCCUGCUGUUGUCCUGGCAGCUGUACUGGCGGUGUGGACUGCCAUGACGCCCUGACUGUGAUAAAGGAUGUCUGAGAUCGCCAUAACGUUUGUCUGCCAUUCAUUCGCUGCUGUUUCAAUGGGUCUCACAGGUAUUUCUGUACAUGGAAAACGGGAAUUACUUAAAUAUUAACAAAAUAUAUUCAUCUUAUCACCCUGAAUAUUUUUUUUCCCCAUUAAAGUAUCCAACUACAGUAUCUUGAGUUUGGUUGGCUUUCAAUAAAAUAAUUUUCUUUUACCAUU